UCACAAACUCUCUCUCAUCAUCACUUCCUCUACUCUCACUUCCACCACCCACCCCUUCCUACAUUUCUCUCUCUCCUCCCCCAUCUUCUCUCUCUUUGAUUUAGCGCCACAAUACUCUGUUUUCUUCUACUUUGAUAGAUAGAAACAGAAGUAUUGUUUGGCACAAAUUUAAGGAGGGGGAAGAAGAUAAAACAAAAACCUUAAGAUUCAAUUUUAGUAUUUUCCAUUUCAACCCAAAAAAGAGAGAGAUCUUCACCAUUUCACCAACUUCUUAUUCUUUCAUACUUAAAACCAAACAAUCCCCAAAAAAACCCAUUUCACCCACAUUAUUAAUUUUUAUCAACAGUUGAACUAAAUAUUCUUAAUUCCCCUGUUUUUGGGGAAAAAAUGGCGGAUAUGAUUCAAAAUCAACUGUUACAAGCAAGAGGAGAUGUAUCAUAUCAAUUAGAAUUAAUGUGGGAUAUGAUAAAAGCACCAUUAAUUGUGCCAUUGCUUAAACUUGGUGUAAUUGUAUGUUUAACAAUGUCAUUAAUGUUGUUUAUGGAAAGGCUUUAUAUGGGUAUUGUUAUUUCAUUGGUUAAAAUGUUUUGGAAGAAGCCUGAUAAACGCUAUAAUUGGGAGGCAUUACCCGAUUCUAUUGAUGAUAUUGAAACGGGCGGGUCAAAUAAGUUCCCCCAUGUUCUUAUUCAAAUCCCUAUGUUCAAUGAAAGAGAGGUUUAUAAAGUGUCAAUUGGUGCUGCUUGUAAUCUCUCAUGGCCGGCAGAUCGUAUGGUGAUUCAAGUGCUUGAUGAUUCAACUGACCCAAUUGUCAAGGAUAUGGUGGAAUUAGAAUGCCAGAGAUGGGCUAGCAAAGGCCUUAAUAUAGUAUACCAAAUUAGAGAAAAUAGGGUUGGUUACAAAGCUGGUGCUCUUAAAGAAGGAUUAAAGAGAGACUAUGUCAAGCAUUGCGAGUACGUUGCAAUUUUCGACGCAGAUUUUCGGCCAGAGCCUGAUUAUCUAAGACGAGCCAUCCCAUUCCUAAUGUACAAUCCUGAAUUAGCUCUUGUUCAAGGCCGUUGGAGAUUUGUGAACGCAGAUGAGUGCUUAAUGACAAGAAUGCAAGAAAUGUCACUUGACUACCAUUUUAAAGUGGAGCAAGAAGUGGGGUCUUCUACUCAUGCCUUCUUCGGAUUCAAUGGGACGGCUGGUGUGUGGAGAAUAGCUGCCAUUGAUGAAGCAGGAGGGUGGAAAGAUCGAACUACAGUUGAGGACAUGGAUCUUGCUGUUCGAGCUAGUCUUCGUGGCUGGAAAUUUGUCUAUCUUGGUGAUCUUCAGGUAAAGAGUGAAUUGCCAAGUACCUUUAAGGCCUUCCGCUUUCAACAACAUCGUUGGUCUUGUGGUCCUGCCAAUCUAUUCAGGAAAAUGGUCAUGGAGAUUGUCAGAAACAAGAAUGUGAGGUUCUGGAAGAAGGUGUAUGUGAUCUACAGCUUUUUCCUAGUGAGAAAGAUCACAGCUCAUAUGGUUACUUUUUUCUUCUACUGUGUGAUCCUUCCUUUGACAAUACUUGUUCCUGAAGUUGAAGUACCAAUUUGGGGAUCAGUUUACAUCCCUUCAAUUAUCACCAUCUUGAACUCUGUUGGAACACCAAGGUCAAUUCACCUACUGUUUUAUUGGAUCCUGUUUGAGAACGUGAUGUCUUUGCAUCGGACUAAGGCGACACUCAUUGGGCUGUUCGAAGCAGGCAGGGCAAAUGAAUGGGUUGUGACUGAGAAGCUUGGCGAUUCUCAGAAAGCCAAGGCGCAUGCUAAAGAGAAACCAGGCAGUUUCAAAACUGCAGUACGGAAAUUGCGUUCCAAGAUCCUAGACAGAAUGAACUUGUUGGAGUUGGUGGUUGGAGUGUUCCUCUUCUGUAUCGGAUGCUACGAUUUUAUGUACGGCAAGUGGAGCUACUAUGUCUACUUCUUCCUACAAAGCAUCACCUUCUUCAUUGUUGGUUUUGGCUAUGUUGGUACAAUCAUCUAGAUAUUGUCUGAUUCUUCAAUAGGUGUCAUGACUCAAUGAUGUUAUCAAAUACCACAUUUGCACAAAAUUCGUGUCUUUCGUGUAAGCCUCGAAGUUUUGAUUGUGCAUAAACGAUCAAAACGUUAUGGUGCAAAUGAAUUAUCCUUACCGGACUCAAAUGGGUCAUUGUAAUAAUCCAGAAACAUAUGUAGGGAGCGGUUUUUACUGCAUCUGGAAGAACAAGCAGGAGCAGGAAGAGCAUAGAAGGGAUAGAGACACAGAUAGAAAGAUUGUUUAUUUUGUUUUCUGGAAGAUGUUUGACAUUCUCUGGGAUCAGAAGUUGUUUAGUUAUUGUUGCUUUUGUUUUUUCUUGAUUGAUUGAAUUUGUCUUUGUUAGUCUUGUUAAGGAAAUGUAUGGUCGCAACAAUAAGACUAGUAUAGUAUUGUCUAAGUUAUAGAGUGUAUUCAAAAGGUUCUACAAGAUUUGAGAUUAAUAUAUUGAUAAAUGUCAGUAUAGUUCAUUCA